UCGAGGGGUCGGGGGAGGUGGCGGCUCGGGCUCCGGGGGCGCCGGGGCCUUGGGACGGCCCGGGCGGAGAGGCGGUGCCGGGGGAGGCCGGGGGGCGGGCUGGGAGCGCCCCCGGCCCGGCGCCGCCCGCGCCGCCGCUGCCCCCGGCCCGGCGGUGCUCGGGAAGCUAGUCCCAGCGGAGGAAUCUAUUGUUAUUUAUUGUGUGGCGGCUCCUCGCCGCGGCCCGGCCCAGCCCGCGAGUGCGUGUGCGCGCGCCGUGUCGUGUCGGUGUGUGUGUGUGUGUGUGUGUGUGUGUGUGCGCGCGGGGUGCGCGCGCGGGCGGGAGUGGGCGCGUGCGGGAAAGGCCUGAAAACACCUUAGUUUGCACCGCGAGAUCAUUUGCAGCGGAUCCCGCCACCUGCGCCGGGAAGACUUGCCGAGUGUCGCCCCGGGUUCUCGUCGACCCCAGAACCCGAAAGUUUGCAAGAGGAAGAGCGCGCGCGGCGAGCCGGCGGGCCAGGGGCAGCGGCCGCGCCGAGGACCCUGGUGCCGCCGGCGCCUCCUCCGCGGGCGUGAAGGCGGCGCUCCCGCUCCCUCCCGGACUCGGCGUGUCCCAGGAGCUUUUGCUGACAAUUCCAGUCUCCAAACAGAACACUUGGGCGAUGGUGAGGGCCUCGACCCCUUCUCUGACUUGCUGUCAACCAUGAACGGGUGGGUGUGAUGCCUGCUGGCCGAUCGGGGUAAGAAGUGACCUUUUGAGGUGACUGUAACUGAAGAUUGCUUCACAGAAGCCACAAAAGGUUUCUGAGUCAUGAUGCAAGAAUCCGGGCCUGAGACAAAAAGCAAUGGUUCGGCCAUCCAGAAUGGGUCGGGCAGCGGCAGCCACUUACUAGAGUGCGGGAGCCUUCGGGAAGCGCGGGCCAACGGGGAGGCGCCGGCCGUGGACGUGGCGCCGGCCGACCUGGCCCACGCGCAGCAGCAGCAGGCUCUUCAGGUGGCAAGACAGCUCCUUCUUCAGCAGCAGCAGCAAGUUAGUGGCAUCAAGUCUCCCAAGAGGAAUGACAAGCAGCCAGCCCUGCAGACCGGGGGUCUGCUAACUUCUGUGAAGGGCCAGAAGGUGCCCGUGUCAGUGGCUAUGAUGACACCUCAAGUGAUCACCCCCCAGCAGAUGCAGCAGAUCCUGCAGCAGCAAGUGCUGAGCCCUCAGCAGCUCCAGGUGCUCCUGCAGCAGCAGCAGGCCCUCAUGCUCCAGCAGCAGCAGCUUCAAGAGUUUUAUAAAAAACAACAGGAGCAGUUGCAGCUUCAACUUUUACAACAACAACAUGCUGGAAAACAGCCUAAAGAGCAGCAGCAGGUGGCUCCCCAGCAGCUGGCUUUCCAGCAGCAGCUCUUGCAGAUGCAGCAGCUCCAGCAGCAGCACCUCCUGUCCCUGCAGCGCCAAGGCCUCCUGUCACUGCCACCCGGCCAGCCCGCGCUGCCCCUGCAGCCCCUCUCGCAAGGCAUGAUUCCAGCAGAACUGCAGCAGCUCUGGAAAGAGGUGACGAGUGCGCACCCUGCCGAGGAGACCACGGGCAGCAGCCACAGCAGCGUGGAUCUGACCACGGCCACCUGCGUCUCCUCCGCCCCUGCCAAGGCCUCCCUCAUCAUGAACCCACAUGCCUCUACCAAUGGACAGCUCUCAGUCCACACCCCCAAGAGGGAAAGUUUGCCCCACGAGGAGCACCCCCACAGCCACCCGCUCUAUGGACACGGCGUGUGCAAGUGGCCAGGCUGUGAAGCCGUGUGCGAAGAUUUCCCGUCGUUUCUAAAACAUCUCAACAGUGAGCAUGCGCUGGACGAUAGAAGUACAGCUCAAUGUAGAGUACAAAUGCAGGUUGUUCAGCAGUUAGAGCUACAGCUUGCAAAAGACAAAGAACGCCUGCAAGCCAUGAUGACCCACCUGCACGUGAAGUCCACGGAGCCCAAAGCCGCCCCGCAGCCCCUGAACCUGGUGUCCAGCGUCACGCUCUCCAAGUCCGCGCCAGAGGCCUCUCCGCAGAGCUUACCUCAUACGCCCACCACCCCCACCGCCCCCCUCACGCCCGCCACCCAGGGCCCCUCCGUCAUCACCACCACCAGCAUGCACACGGUGGGGCCCAUCCGCAGGCGGUACUCGGACAAAUACAACGUGCCCAUCUCUUCAGCAGAUAUUGCGCAGAACCAAGAAUUUUAUAAGAAUGCAGAAGUCAGACCACCAUUUACAUAUGCAUCUUUAAUCAGGCAGGCCAUUCUCGAGUCUCCGGAAAAGCAGCUAACACUAAACGAAAUCUAUAACUGGUUCACACGAAUGUUUGCUUACUUCCGGCGCAACGCGGCCACGUGGAAGAAUGCAGUGCGUCAUAAUCUUAGUCUCCACAAGUGUUUUGUGCGAGUAGAGAACGUUAAAGGGGCGGUAUGGACAGUGGAUGAAGUAGAGUUCCAAAAACGAAGGCCACAAAAGAUCAGUGGUAACCCUUCCCUCAUUAAAAACAUGCAGAGCGGCCACGCCUACUGCACGCCUCUCAACGCGGCUUUGCAGGCUUCCAUGGCUGAGAACAGUAUACCUCUGUACACUACCGCUUCCAUGGGGAACCCCACUCUGGGCGGCCUGGCCAGCGCCAUGCGGGAAGAGCUGAACGGGGCGGUGGAGCAGGCCAACAGCACCGAGAGCGACAGCAGCCCCGGCAGAUCCCCCGUGCAGGCCGUGCAUCCUGUGCACGUCAAAGAGGAGCCCCUGGACCCGGAGGAGGCCGAAGGGCCUCUGUCCUUAGUGACCACAGCCAACCACAGUCCAGAUUUUGACCAGGACAGAGAUUACGAAGACGAAGCAGUAAAUGAGGACAUGGAAUGAACGUCUGGGUAGGCCGACCCCAAAAAUGAAGAUUGGAAAAAAACAAAACUUGUCAAAACUGAGCAGUGACGUUGUUCUCCAUUUGCUGUACAGUCUGGCGGAGUCUCACUGCGCUUUGACAGACUCUGAAAGGUGUAACUCAGUGCCAUCCAGAACCCCAUUUGGGAGUAUUUUUGAUUUUUCUACUUUUUGUUGAAAAAAGGAAUUUGUACUCUGUGCAUCGGAUGGACGUGUUUGGUACUCGGGAUUUUCCUCUCUAACAGUCAGCAGCUGUUGUAAAUUUGCUAAACCGACUCGCUUUUAGCAGCAGACUCUGAGCUGCAGUCCUGCCGACGCUGGACCCUGAGGACACCCAGCUGAGCAUGCGCACCUACGCUGCGGCCACGCCGCUCCCAGCAGCCGCGGCUCCGGCGGCCUGUGGCACGGCACUGCAUGGUGAUUGCCACUGCCUUUAUCCAGCGUGGGCUUUUGUUUGUUUGGGUUUUUUUGCUUCCAGUUGGGAUGGGGAAGGCCUUUGUGUGUUUAUUGGGGGGAGGGGGUUAAAAACAAUUACCCCAAACUUUUUAAUGUAUUGCUUCUUCUUCUUGCUUCUACUCGACCAUUUUAAGUUCUGACCUCAGGCCUCCGCUUGGGCCCUCGGCCUCUUGGAGGCUUCGCGUUUCUGUACCUUGUGAUGAAUGUCAUAGGUGUUUUUAUUAUACAGCGCUGAAUGUCAUUUCUUGUUUGUAGUUUUCUGUCACUCAUUCCACUUUUCUUCAGACAUCACCAUGUUUUCUCUAAAGUCAGAAAACAUUCCGUUUGGUCUUUUUCAAAAAGGUCCCAGAUGCUGCACUCUACACAUGCAGGUCCUCGCGCAGCGCGGGGCCUGCCCGAGAGAGAAUGGAUGACAGAAAAGCACGGGCUCGGGGCAACGCGGGCUCCGCCACCCAGCAGUGCAGGGGCGGGAAGCGCUGCUUCAGAUCCGCCGCUUUGGCUUUGCAGCUGCCUCCUCCGCAGUAAAGGCCACACGUCUCACCUGCACCAGGAAACGUAGGCAGCACCCCAAACAUCUCGUCCUCGUGAGACUGGCACCUGGUGGUGAAGGCUCCCCUGUGUGGAACCAACUCGGGACCAGCCAUGCUAAACCAGUGUGGGUCGCUUUGUUUGCCAAGUGGCCAGAGAGCCGGCUUCCUGAGCAGCUCUGCUGGUGGUGGUGGUGGUGGUGGGUUUAAACAUCAGUUCAGACCUGCUUGGUGGCAUCAAUCUGUGUGAAUGCAAAUUCGAUUUCAGGUGGAACUUGUGGGAGUUAAUGGAGACUGAGUUCAGCAGAUGCUAAAGUGUUCAUGUCACGUGUGCAGAUUUGCUGCUGCAGCUCAGUGUGCAUGCCCUGUGAUCACACCAACCCAGCGUCAGAACCGGCUGUAGGAGACAGGGAGCGAGGGCCGCGUCCAGCCUGGGCCUCUGGGGAAGGAGCGCGGGAUGUGAGGGUCACGCCAGCGCCGCCCCGGCCUGGAACGCUGGCGCUUGGCAGCCUGCAGCCUCCGCCUCAGUUGCUCCCCUAGGACCGUAGCUCUUGUUUUUAGUUUGAGAGCCCUUUGGAGCUUAAUUUAUAUUCUUUGUACCUUUUUUUCUAAAAUUACCAAAGAUAUUACACAAAGGUAAAUUAUGUUCUCUGUUUUAUGCUUUAUCUGAUGAAGCCAAAUAUCCUCUUAUUGUUGAUCAAAGGAGGCAAAAGAAUUUAGAGGCAAUUGAUGAGAUGUAGGCUGUUGCUGAGCUGAGGAAGAGAGCUGCUCCUUCGUAAAUUUAGAAGGCCAAGCAGAUGAUGGAACCAAAGUUGUUACUUUUUUUAGUUGUUGGGUUUUUUUCUCCUCUGAAUCUCUACAAAGACCAAAAUUCAUUCUUGUAAAGAGAGAUUAUGGGGCUACUGAAGACAAAAAUAGGACACAGUAUUAACGCCGUACACCAAGGAAGGGAGUCCCACCUCACACACGCCUGUGCCCCCGAGAGCCAGGGUGUCCAGUGGGUGAGACGGUCACCACACAAGUCAGAGAGGAGCGAAGCUCCCGCGUGGACUGCACCCUCCGGUGCUGAUUCGAGAAUGCCCUUUCUUAAAGGAAGAUCGUACGCCACUUGUGUUUAAGGACUGUGCUGUGAUCACUGUGGUAAUUUUGGUUUCUCUUGGCAUAUAUCCUCUUUUCUUACUUUGUUUAAAGAUUUUUUUCUUUGUUUGUUUUCUGAUUAGGCUUUGGCCAGCAUUUUUCACUUUUUUAAAAAGUAACACUCCUGUCCACUCGUAAGCUUGGUACAAAACUCCUUUGGCAGUUGACGUGGACGCGUCUCGGCUUUCUGCCCGGCGCAGCCCGUGGUCAAGCGCGACCGGCAGCCCCCCCGCAGCGCAGCUCGGGUGCAGGCCGCAGCCAGCAGGGCCGCGGGAGGGCCCUGAGCUCCUAAACGGAGUGGUUGCUGGUUAGUUUGGUGUUCAAAAGAGGAUAAAAAUCUGGUAGAUUAGUUCAUUCUCAGCAUGUGUAGCUAGACAUGAGUAAAGAGAACAGCAUGAGAAACUGUUAGUACGCAUACCUCAGUUCAAACCUUAGGGAAUGAUUAAAAUUUAAAAAAAAGUCACUCAGUUGCACUUAGUCGUAUGUCUUGCAUGCUUAGUCUAAAGACUGUAGCAAAAGGUGAAAAGGAAAAAUUAGACUUUACAUAUCGUUGCAGGUGUCACAGCCUUGCAGGAGAACCAACUGAAAAAAAUUCUCAGGCUUACAGCAAGCAAACUUCGCUAUGAUUUCACACUUCUGAUUCUGUAUCCCGUGGGGCUGCCCCAGUCGCUUCCUUAGGACGGGUUUAUUAUGUUGUACAUAUACCCCAAUGUGUCUGUGUGAAUCUUUGUCUUUUGGGGGCGGGAGGAGGGCGGUUCUUUUUUUAGAUAUUGUUCCUAAAAAGGAAUAAAUGCAUACACCUGUUUGUCAAAACACCUUUGCUUUUUGUGCAACUGCUUUAUAUUCAUGAUACUUAAAAAACAGCUUUGGCGGGACAAACUACUGUAUGUAAUGGAAUUGCGGAAUCUGCUGCACAUGUGUUUUACUUAGUUAUCCUUGCGUUAAGAAUAUCGGAUGACAUUUCCUGACAUGUGGGAGAGAGAAAUUCCCUAGCCUUUUUUUCUUUUGCUUUAAAAUUGUAACAUAGUUAACAGACUUUAUUCCCCCCUCUUCUCAUUGAUUGGAGCAUUUUGUACAGGAUUUUUUUGUGUGUGUGCGUGCGCGUGGGCAUGUGUGUUAAUCUGUUUUUUUGAUACAUUCCUAUCCAUUGUGUCUAUCCUACACUGCCUUCCUGGCCAUCUUAAACAAGUUCAUACAUUUGAAAAGAGAAAAGAUGUUUUAAACAAUGUUUUCUCCUGCCGCAGUAAAUAUUUUGCAUGAUGAAAUUGCAGGGUCACACUUUCAAAGUUUAUCCGUGAAGUAGUGAUUAAUGGCGAGGAGUGUCAAAGCUAUUGAACGUUUUAUAUUUUAAAAACAAAACAAACAAAAAAAAACACUUUACAAGGUGCCAAAAUGUAAACACAAUUUGUUACAUUUUUUUCCAAGGAAAAGCAUACCUUAGGGACAUGGUCCCGUGUAUCAGGCCAAUGCACUGUCAGGAAUGAGGACCGUCCCGCGGCUCCCCAGAGCCGUGUUGGCCACCGGCCGGCCCCACAGACCGCUCUGACACCUCCACACCCCUCACACCUAACCAGCAGCCUGGAUUCUUAACCCCAAAGUGAUGUAAAUCACUAGCUUUUUUAUCGUGAAAAAGAAAGUUAAAUAUUUCCUCUCCUUCCACAUUCCGCUGAGCUCCGUUUCCAAGGGUGCAGAGAACUUGGUUUUAAGGGUUUUGAAUGGUUUGGUACCUUUUGGUGAAUGGUGUGCCCUGUUGGUACUUUGGAUGUGUUUGAGAGUUGGUUUUGCUUUUUUUAUCCUGAGAAUGAGACUUGUAAUCUAAAGGCAUCCGUGGGCCCAGAGCAGUUCACACGGUCUCCCCCCCCCCCCUCCGACGCCGGGCGCAGACGGCACAGCGGACCGCCGCCCGCUCCGAGGGUGGGCGCUGCCAGCAACAGGAACUUUUUGUUUUGUUUUGUUUUGAUAAGGCAUAAAAGAAACUCAUUCCUUGACAUCAACUGUAAUUCCAUCAUUCCGUGUCUGUGGAUGCAGACAAUAAAAAAAAUGUGUAGUCAGUACUGAUGACUGACGUUAUAGCAUUCUCAAAUGCAAUAAAAUGCUGGUUGUUCACA